UUCAAUUUUACUAAAAGGAUCUAAAAGAGUUUAACGAUCUUGCUUAAAAACAUGUGUUUUUCUUUAAAAAAUACCUAUAAUAUUAUUCAAGGUAAAGAGAAAUUUUCCUACAUAUUAUAGAAAAGUUUUGAACUCUCCAGAAAUUUCUACUGAGUGCACAGUGUGUAGUGUGCAGUCGAUUCGUCGAUUCUCAACAGUCGAGACAAAUUUGUAACGAACGAGGUGUUACAGUCAAGAAACAUUGAAUUAUACGAUUUUAACGUCAUUAUCAAUAGGAUAAUCGAGUGAGUGUUGACUUCCUUUUUUCUUACCAUUAAACGUUUAGAAAUUCUAUUUGUCGCUAAUUUUGAAGGAAGAAAUGUCGACAAAGGCUGACGAGUUAAAAUUGGACAUUGAAGAAUUUAACAGUUUACUUCAAAAAGCUAGUCGUCAAAAGACUAAAGAUGUUCUCAGUCUUGAAAUUAGGAAGUUGCAAACAGAGUUAGCAAGGUUGAUAGAAGAAAAUCAAAUAUCUCAGACAAAGCCUGCUGUUGCAGUGUCUAACUCUUCUCAAAAGUGUUAUGAAGUUAAACUUAAUAACUAUGGUUGGGAUCAAACAAAUACGACAGUAAAAUUAUACGUUACAUUGAAAGAUGUGCAUCAGUUGGCUAAAGACGCUGUGACUUGUAACUUUACUGAGAAAUCUUUUGAUCUCCAUAUUCUUGGAUUGAACAACAAAAAUUAUAGUUUAACAAUUAAUAAUUUAUGUGAAGAUAUUGAUACAGAUAAGAGUAGUGUUAGAACCAAGGCUGAUAUGGUGAUAAUAUCCCUUGUCAAAAAGGUUGCGAAACAUUGGUCACAUGUAACAAGCGUAGAAAAAAGAAUCAAGGAAUCAAAGACAUCUUCAGCUCCAGAUAUAAGUGAAGAUGGUGACCCUGGUACUAGUUUGAUGAAUUUAAUGAAGAAGAUGUAUCAAGAAGGGGAUGACGAAAUAAAAAAGACAAUAGCCAAAGCGUGGACAGAAACUCAAGAGAAGAAAGCAGCAGGAUUGUCAGACUAUUCUUAAUUUCAUGUCUAUAAAUACUUAGGUUUAUUAUUUUUUUAGGUUAAUGUACAAAAUUAACUUAUAUUAUGUAAAACAUUAAAAUGUACAAGUGCUAUAAGAA